AUGAUCAAGAUUACCAGUUUUCUCGAAAAUACAAGAGAACUAGUUUCCUCUAUGAGAAGAUCUGUAGAGACGUCCAAUUAUCCGAUCCUUGCCUCACUUUCACAGAUCCAACAAGAUCUCUUUAAGUACUGGCAAACCUUACCACAAACUACAUAUUGCAGAGACUUGUCGACAAGUGGCGUGUUGUUUCGACCUAACUUACAUCUAGCGUUGACUUAUCAUUUAGUUCACGUCUUCGUCGGUCGAUACCUCAUCUUUGAUGCCCCUCGUAUCAGCAUGAACGUCGACGCACGACUAGAUGCCGCGCAUGCCAGUAUCCGCACAGAACUUACCGAAAAUUGUUUCGAAAGCGCGUUGGCCAUUUUUGGCUUAUGCGAGAAACUACAAGAGACAACGGGCCUAGCACGAGCAUCGUAUACCGAGUUUACUACAUGUUGGGCAGCGCUUCUUGUGGUCCUUGCCAAACGUACCUGUGAGUCAGACACUCGGCUACGAACAGCGUCAGCGCAAGGAAUAAGACUUUUGAAGCACAUGUCACUGGGCUUGUAUGCUGCUACUGCAGAAAAGGCCGCCACUGAAGCUAUGCAGACUGUUUUCGAGCGUCUUGAAACAAGAACUCAAGCUCGACAUAUGGGACACUUUGAGUCAGAUGGCUCAGCUUAUGAAAAUUUCAAGAACUGGGCAUUGCUAUGGAAUAUUGAUACGAGUGGAGGAAGCAACCGUUCAGAAAUCGUGUCUGGUGGGUUAUUGUCACCAAUGCAAAAUGCUGACCAGGACUUCUGUUCACCCAUGCUGUUCAUUGACGAGCUUGACUUUACUACAGGUGUCUGA